CACGUGUUCCCAGAUCAAAAGAGAUCCGCUUUGUACAGAGAGCGCGAGCAACAGCAGCGAGCGAGGCAUACAUAGGCUACGCGAGCGCACGAGCAAUGCGAUAGUCCGGGCAGCAAUGGUGAAAUAAGCCACGACAUUCUUUUCAAGGACAAACUUUUAUUUUUAAAGAUCGCUAAUUCUCACAUCGUACCAUCCAUCGCGGUUUGUUUUGUCCUUUUCUGUUGUUGUUUGUACUUGUGGGAGGACGCUCUCGCCUCUCAAAAUUUGAUUCUGAAUCAACACUUUCUUGAAGACCCUUGGAAAUUAUGUUCCGAUCGGCGCUGAUCCAACCGGCAAGAUGAUGAUUUUACCGAGGACUGGGUUCGGUCGUGGUGCUUAUUCGGUGGUCUUGGUGUUGUUUUGGGUCUUUGGAAGCGUCCUAGCCAAGGAUACUGCCUUUGUGGAAGUUGUGCUUUUUGAGUCGAGCCCAAAUGGUGAUUAUACCACUUACACGACAGGUCUGCAAGGGCGCUUCUCCAGAGCCGGAGCCACUAUCAGCGCAGAAGGCGAUAUCGUGCAAAUGCACCCUUUGGGCCUGUGUAACAAUAAUGAUGAAGAGGACUUGUACGAAUAUGGCUGGGUUGGUGUGGUCAAACUGGAGCAGCCCGAGUUGGACCCCAGCUGUCUUACAGUACUGGGCAAGGCGAAGAGAGCCGUUCAGAGAGGGGCAACAGCGGUUAUCUUUGACGUCUCUGAAAAUACAGAUGCUAUUGACCAACUGAACCAGGUUUCAGAAGACCCCUUAAAGAGGCCGGUGGUGUAUGUCAAAGGAGCCGAUGCGGUUAAACUGAUGAACAUAGUCAAUAAGCAAAAAGUUGCACGAGCCAGGAUCCAACAUCGACCGCCAAGGCCCACAGAGUAUUUUGACAUGGGAAUCUUCCUGGCGUUCUUCGUUGUGGUGUCUCUGGUCUGCCUCAUCCUCCUCAUCAAGAUAAAGCUCAAGCAAAGACGCAGCCAGAGUUCCAUGAACCGGAUGGCCAUUCAGGCCCUGGAGAAGAUGGAAACACGCAAGUUCAAGGCUAAGGUCAAGAGUCAGCGUGAGGCGAGCUGCGGAGCAUCAGAUUCAGUGAGCAGUAGUUCCACAUCAGACUGUGCCAUUUGCCUUGAGAGAUACAUGGAUGGCGAGGAGUUGAGAGUGAUCCCGUGUGCACACCGAUUCCACAAGAAAUGUGUGGACCCUUGGCUACUUCAGCACCACACUUGUCCUCACUGCAGGCACAACAUUAUUGAACAAAAGAAGGGAAACCCAGGCGCUGUUUGUCUUGAUCCAGGAAACCCAGUCCACAGCCGCCAGCAGAGGGUCGUCCUCCCUGUUCAUUAUCCAGGAAGGGUGCACAGAGCUGGACAGGUGACGGCCUACCCUACACGGACCAGCAUGGACCCCCAUGGCAACCCCAUCACUGUUCUAACAGUGGACCAGCACCCUGAGCAGGGCCUCUAUCCUCCACAAUCCUCCUUUAUACGGGGUUACCCUGCCCUGCACUUGGAACACACACUAAACCCGCACCAUUGUGGCCUGGAGCAUCGUGCCCCUGCUUACCCACAAACCCAUUCUUUCAAACGGCCCAAAUUCCAUGGACGCAAUUUUUCUCGUGCUGCCUGCUUUUCCCAAUACGAAACCAUGUACCAGCACUACUAUUUUCAGGGCUUGACCUUUCCACAACCUGAAGGUCAGCAAGGUAAUGGACUCCACAAAGGUCACAAUCGACCCUUCCAGCCAGGACUUUUGUAUCCUACUGUGGUGCACAUGGCACCAGCUUCCUCUUCCCGCCUGGGUGACUCCGGAAGCACCUCGGGACUUAGUUGCUACCAUGGGCACCGCUCCGUGUGUAGUGGUUACCUUGCGGACUGUCCUGGAAGUGACAGCAGCAGCAGCUCUGGUCAGUGCCACUGCUCCUCAAGCGACUCCAUGUUGGAUUGUACAGAAGUCAGCAACCAGGGAGUGUAUGGGAGCUGCUCGACAUUCCGGAGUUCACUAAGCAGUGAUUACGAUCCCUAUGUGUACCGCAGUAAGAGUCCGUGUCGGGGAUCAGCCGGGGAGGCCGGGACAGUGUUUGCCGCCACCGCUCAAGCUGACGACACUUCAGCCCCAGUAUCAGGGAUGAUGGACUGCCUACAACCACAGCUUGGAGCGUGUUACAGUUCUGGGGACCAGUUGUCUAACUGCAGCCUGGAGCCCAACUGUAGUAGCCACUCUUCGGUGGAAACCAGGGAACUCACUAGCACUACCUCAGCUGGGCCCCUAGAGGGCACUGUGGCUGAAAAGAGCCACAGCUCUGUGAAGCCUUGUGGAGAGCAAGGGCUAGCUUGUAACUGUUUUGAGGUCCCCAACUUAGAACAUAACGGUAAGGAAGGAGACGACAGGGGACACUGCAGGUGGGCCACAGAAUCUCAAGCGGUCGCUUCCCCACAGAACUUUUAUAGUGUUAGCUCUGAGCAGCUACAGUCUCCAGAUCAUGUUAGCUAUGAUGGACUGCCAUGCUGCUUCUACACAGAGAUGACUGUACACCAGGGAAGUGCUAGUCACUAUGCUGAAGAUUGUUCAGUUAACAUACAGUAUGCCCAGACAGACAGUGAUGGCUGCAUGGGACAGGGUUGCUGUGAGCUAGCGCAGCGGAUACCCAUAAUUCCCGAGGAUACAGACUAUGAAGUAGGCUUGGGUUUGGAACCACAAACAAGUUUGCUCCCUCCCAGACUUACCGCAGAGAGAGAGGAGAGAACUUCUGAGGAGACUUAUGACUUGUUUUUCACCUCAGGACAAUAUAGAGGUCAAGUUUAUCAGCAGCCUCACAAUGAAGAGGCGAGAGCACUGUUUCCCUCGCAGUGUAGCGGCGUGUCUGAAACACAAGGGGGUGGCAAAGCAUCAUUUGAUGGAUCGGGGCUCUGCUAGGAAGCCCCAACACAGCACAAGCUCUUGAAAAUCAAUAAAUGUUAACAGUUUUUAA